AGGGACAGGGAAGGGGGAGCGGGAGCGGGAGGGGACGCUGAGGCCCCGCCCCGCCUGCAGCCGGCGCCCAGCUCUAAGCGCGCUCACUUCGCCUCCGGACGGCGGCGGGGCGGUGGCUGGGGCGAGGGGACCCCGAGUGCAUCGGUGUCCGCCGAGCGCGGGGGAUAGUGCCACCACCGGGAGGAGGGACCGUGGGCCUCUGGGGGCAGCGCCGCGGCCGCGGUGAGAGGACGCCCCGGCUCUGGAGGAGCACCCCGAGCCUAGGAGCAGCGCCCUCGCCCCACGGAGGGACAGCGGCGCAUCCGUGAAGAGGGUUUCCGGGAUCCCCAGGGACGCCCCGGGACGUGCGGGGGCGUCUGCGCCGCCACCUGGACUAGCCCACACCGGCCCCGGAGGGCCACUUCAGGAGCGCAGUGGGGGGGGGGGUGGGCAAAGCCGCUGGAAGACACAGGUCCCGGGGAUCCCCCACCCCUUGGCUCGCAGACACCUGGACGAGGCCACCGGCCCAGUCCCCGGGGACCCCUAGGGCGCGGACACCUGGACGAGGCCCUUAGAGUCCCCGGGAUCCCUCGGCGCGCAGUGCAGGGACGGGGGGGAGCAGCCGCCACCUGGAAGAGGCCCCGCGGCACCGAAGGGACCCUCUCUGGGCGCACAGACACCUGCCCGCGACCACCCGGGGGCCCCCUGCCCACUGCCACCCCGUGGCUUCCCUGCCCACUGCCACCCCGGGGCUCCCCUGCCCACCGCCAUCCCGGAUUCCCCAGCCGCGGACACUCCGGGGGGGGGCCCUUGCCCGCCGCCACCCCGGGUUCUUCCCCGGCGGCCACCCCGGGGUGUCCCGGCCCGGAGCCUGGGGGGCAUGGCUCGGGGGCGCGUGGUGCUGAACGUGGGCGGCGCGCGCUACUCGCUGCCCCCGGAGCGGCUGCGGGACUUCCCGCUGCGCCGCGUGAGCCGCCUGCACGGGCUGGCCGAGCGGGACGUGCUGCAGGUGUGCGACGACUACGACCGCGAGCGGAACGAAUACUUCUUUGACCGGCACCCCGAGGCCUUCGGGCUAAUCCUGCGCUAUGCGCGCGGCCGGGGGAGGCUGCGCUGCGCGCCGCGGAUGUGCGCGCUGUCCUUCCACAGCGAGCUGCUCUACUGGGGGCUGGACGGCGCGCACCUGGACGGCUGCUGCCAGCGCCGCUUGGACGAGCGCCUCGCCGCCUGCGGUCGCACCGCCGCGCCUCCCGCCCCCUCCGCGCCCCCCGGUCGGCCCGCCGCCCCCCCGCGCUGGUUGGAGCGCAUGCGGCGCACCUUCGAGGAGCCCACAUCGUCGCUGGCCGCGCAGGUGCUGGCCGGCGUGUCGGUGCUCUUCGUCAUCGUGUCCAUGGUGGUACUGUGCGCCAGCACUCUGCCCGACUGGCGAGCUGCGGCCGCUGACAACCGCAGCCUGGACGAGCGCAGCAGGUAUCCCGCCGGCCCCCGCCCCGGGAGGGACCCCUCCGGGAUCAUUGAGGCCGUCUGCAUUGGCUGGUUCACGGCAGAGUGUGUGGUGCGCUUCCUUGUGUCCAGGAACAAGUGUGACUUUGUCAGGAGGCCGCUGAAUGUCAUCGACUUGCUGGCCAUCGCACCCUACUAUGCGUCGGUACUCAUGACGCUGGUCACAGGCGAGGACCCGCAGCUGCAGCGGGCGGGCGUCACGCUGCGUGUCCUGCGUGUGAUGCGCGUCUUCUGGCUCAUCAAGCUGGCCCGCCACUUCAUUGGGCUGCAGACACUGGGCCUGACGCUGCGGCGCUGCUACCGCGAGAUGGCCAUGCUGCUGGUCUUCGUCGGUGUGGCCAUGGCCGUGUUCGGUGCGCUGUCCCAGCUGCUAGAGCACGGCCUGGACUUGGAUGCCUCCAACCGCGACUUUGCCAGCAUCCCGGCUGCCUGCUGGUGGGUCAUCAUCUCCAUGACGACUGUCGGCUACGGCGACAUGUACCCGGUGACGGUGCCUGGGCGUCUCCUGGGGGGGCUGUGCGUGGUCAGCGGCAUUGUGCUCCUGGCACUGCCCAUCACCUUCAUCUACCACAGCUUCGUGCAGUGCUACCACGAGCUCAAGUCCCGGUCGGCUCGUUGUGGCCGUAGCCUCUCAGCUGAGUUCCUGAACUAGGGUGCUGGCUGAGUGCUGGCUGAGGGCAGGAUAUGGAGCUGUCUCAGUCUCCCGGGGCAGGACUGCCCCCACCCCCUGUGCAUUGGACUCUGACCAGAGGGGCAGGCACUGGAGCUGUCUUUGUCUCUCAGGAGAGGACUAUUCCACAAGUGCAUAGGGGCUCUGGCCAGGGGGGCAGGCACUGGAGCUGUCCUUGUCUCUCAGGAGAGGACUGUCCCCCCAGUGCAUGGAGACUCUAGCCAGGGGGGCAGGACAUGGAGCUAGCCCCACCUCCAGGACAGAACUGUGCCCCCCCCCCCCCCCCCAGCACACAGGGACUCCUGUGGGGGUUGGGGAAAACAGGACAUGGAGUUGUCCCCAUCUCUAGAUCAGGACCUUUCCCCAGCGCAUGGGGAAUCUGGCCAGGGACAGGCCCUGGAGCUGUCCCUAUCUCCCAGAGCAGGGGCUCUGCAGGUGGACUCAGGCUUUCUGCGUCUGUGAAGGCAGAUUAUCUGAAUGUCUUAAUGCUAAAAGCUUCUCUUUUCCAAGUGUGCCCCCCUCCCUUCCCGGCUUGUGAAUUCAGAAGGAACUUGGAAGUCAGCAAGCUUUUUUAUGUUGGAGAGUCACACUUUCAUCUCUCCAUGUUUUAUCAUUUAGCAUAUCAAUGUCAGAAGCAUGCUGGAAACAUAUGUCAUGCACAGGAACUGUUUAACCAAUACUUGAGAAAUGUGGCCAGAUUUUAAACUGGGAAGCAGAGCUUGAGGCAAGGAGCGUAGUGCUUGGGGGAUCUUCCCCUCCUGUUCUCAAGCUUCUCCUGUGACUUCACAGGAGCUCGGGUGUUUCUCUCAUUCCCAGUUCUGAUUUCCUUUCCCUCUUUAACUAAAUGACUCCAGAGAGCUGGAAGUUGGUGCCUGAGCCUCUGACUGGAGUUCCUUUUAUUUGGAUCCUCUGCUGCUAGUUAUGGGGUGAUAAUUGUCCUAACACUCAGAUGUCCAAACAGCACAUUUCCAACAGAACAACCAGGCUAGCAACAGCUUCCUGUCACAGCCCAGCUUUGUCUUCUUUUUCUCUUAGUCCCCCCCCCCCCCACAACACUGUGGGUUUAAUGGAAUUUAGCAGAGGAAAGACUCAUGUAGCCUUUUUUUAUACCCAAACCAGAUUUAAACAUUGUCACUGGAUUACCGUAUAUAUAUGGUAAUCCUCAUCUAUAUGUGCGUGAAUAUAUGUAGACAGUCAGCAGUGCUGUGUCACGCCAGCUGGGUGGCCAGGGCAUGUGAUGGGUGGUGCUGAGCUCUGGCGGGUGGUUAGGGCUUAGCUCUGCUCACGGUUGCUGCAAAGGAGUUAGUGAACCAGCACAGAAAGGUCUUAACCAGUAGUGCUGGGGCCGGGUGGUGGCACACCCAGUAGAACUCACUUGUUACAGUUCAUAAGGACUCAGGCUGAAGCUCCCACUCCAUACCUGUGUGU